AUGAUCCACACCUUUCCCAAGGAACUCUGUUUACAUCCAGGGCAAACAAAAAACAUGAUAGAGUCCCUCUUUUCCCAACAUGGAAUCUGCUCUGCUUCCAUUCAAAGAAUCCCAUAUUUAACCCACUGGGAUAAAUUUCAUGAAAUGAUUGAUAAAUCAACAAAUAUUUAUAAUGGUAUAGCUGAUGAGAAGAUCAAGACCUUCAUUGUCUCGGGAGACUCUUUGACCAUUUCAUGGGUGACUACUAUCAUGUUUUUUGUUUGCCCUGGAUGUAAACAGAGUUCCUUGGGAAAGGUGUGGAUCAUGACUGCCCAGGUUGAUUAUUUAUUAACUGGAAUACAAAGAAAAUGGGACCGACAGUUCUUUGAUGGUGCUAUUUUCUUUACAAUUCACUCAAAGCAAAUCCCAGGGCACAACGAAUUCCUGAAAUUCAUAAAACCUCCUUGGAUUCAAGAAGAUGGUUUUUUCCCACUUUUCUGGGAACAAGUGUUUGAUUGUUCCUUGCCAUCUUCUGGUUUGACUGUAGUGGAUGGCAACAUUUGUACAGGAGAGGAUAAGCUGGAGGAUAUUCCUGGGUCUCUUUUUGAAGUGCAGUUGACUGGGCACAGCUAUGGUAUCUAUAAUGCGGUCUAUAUAUUGGCUCAAGCUUUACAUGCUCUCUUCUUACUUCAGUCUAGUCAUGGGGAUUUGAUGAAGCCUAAAUUAUUACACUAUGAGGAUGCACAACCUUGGAAGAGACAAAAAGUUGGUAAAGUAGAUCCUGAUGCUCUCAAAGGACAGGAAUUAGUCAUUAAUAAGGAGAUGAUUAUUUGGCAUAGAUCAUUUAACCAGGAUUCUUUUAGGUUUCUUCCAUGGUCCCAAUUAAGUUUCUUACAUGCCCCCUUCUUCCAUUUCUCCCAGAUCCGGCAUGAGAACACCGGCCAAGAGAUUGAGGUGGGUGGGAGUGCCACCAAGAAGCUCAUCACCAACUUGAAGCCACAAACAUCUUACCGAUUUUCCCUCGUGGGCCAGAGAAGUGAGAAAGGAGAUCUUCAACAGAAAGUGGUGGUGUCCACCGCAGCCAAUAUGCUGAGCAGAAAACCAGAGGUGUCUUACCGACACGAAAUUGAUGGCAACGUGAUAGUGACUCUGCCAGAUGUCAGGACUUCAGACCCCCCAGUUCAAGCGUAUUACAUUGUGGUGCUACCCUUGAAGAAAACUAAAAGUGGCCAAUUCCAAAAUCCAUACAAUAGUCCGGAAGAAAUGGAUUUAGAAGAGCUAAUUCAGCAGAUCUCAAGGUUGCAACGGAGAAGCCUCCGCCAUUCCCGUCAGCUGGAUCCCCACAAAGCGUACAUCGCAGCCCGUGUCCACGUCCUGCCCUCUAUUUUCACCCUUGGGGAUAUGAAACGCUACGACAACUUCGAAAAUAAAGCCCUGGAGGCCGGACAGAAAUAUGUCAUUUUCAUUUUGGCCGUUCUACAGACCAAUGAACCCAUGUACGCUGCCAGUCCCUUCUCUGAUCCCAUCCAAAUGGACAGCUCUGAUCCCCAGCCCAAGAUUGAAGGAGAGGAGGGGCUGAUCUGGGUGAUUGGACCGGUUUUAGCUGUAGUCUUUAUUAUCUGCAUUGUUAUUGCAAUUCUCCUGUACAAGAACAAGCCAGACAGCAAACGCAAAGACUCCGAGCCCCGGAUCAAGUGCUUACUGAAUAAUGCUGAGAUCACCCCUCAUCACCCCAAAGACCCUGUGGAGAUGAGGCGCAUCAACUUUCAGACGCCAGGUAACCAGCUUCAUGCCACCCUCCCUCUUUUGCUAGAUGGCUGCAUGCUUCUGAUACCACUCCAUGCCCUGGCGAAGUUCUGUUCGCAAAGACACACGCAUGUGUAAUUGUAUAACCGGUGCGGUAUCGUUGGUAUAAUUCAGUUUCGAGAUGAUGUGCACUUUACGUUAACCAACCAACAGGCAAAACCUCAGCCCGUUUUAUACAAGACAGGAUUGAAAAAAAUUUGAAAUAGCUGGAUGAGGCUUUUGGUGG